GUACGUCCGACGCUCCCCGCUCCAUGGGCAGGCUCGUUGCCGCCGCGGCCGCGGCGGGCCUCGUCCUCGGCGGCGCUGGCUUUGGAGCGGGCCUGAUGAUGGGCCGGCCGCACGCGGCGCGCCUGACGACGAGCAACGGCGUGCUCACGGCAGCGGCCGCCGACGCGCGGACGGCGUGCAAGAUCCCGGAG